AUGAACAUUUUACCACAUAAAAGUUAUCACGUAUACAACCUUAAAAACAAAGAACGUGUACGAAAGGAUGAAGAAAAAGCAAAACAAGAGGAAGAAGCAAGAGGAGAAAGAGCUAACAUUGCACGUGCAAAGCAACGUCAAGCUGUAACUGGAGAGAAUAAGGAUGAGCCACCGGAAGAAACGUCUAACCAGAAUACUGAUCCGAUUCAAAAUCAUAUCAAUUUUUGGGCUGAUCUCGAAAAGGAGUCAUUAGCAGUUGUAUCAACAAACCCAGAAUACGAAGCAGAAAAAAGAGCAAAAGAAAAAAAAUGGGAGAAACAAUUUACAAUGUAUCUAGGAGAUGUGGUCAAAGAACAAAGGCCAUGGUAUACGCGAGUAGAAAGUGAAUUUGAAAAACAAUACAAGGAAGAGCAAAUAAAUGGGUCCAAAGUUGAGGGUUCCGUAUCUAUUUAUGAUCCAUUGUUAAUAAUGAAAUCAAAAUUAGAUACGAGGUCAAAAAAGAAAAAUAAAGUUGAUACGCGUGAGAAACGCGAUCGAUCAUAUAAUAAAGGUAAAGAAAGUAAUUCAGAAUCGUCUUCACCGUCAUCAAUAGAAAAGUUACGUUCUGAAAGGUUAGCAAGAGAGAAAAAAGAACGUUUGCGAGUUCAGAAACUUCUUAAUCCUCACAUGGUAAACGAAUCUGAACCUACUGGUAGAUAUCAUUCUCAAUUCAAUCCCAAUGCUACUAAAGCAGCUCAUGAAUUAUCAGAGCAAUCUAGUUCAGAUAGAUACAAUAAUCGAUAUCGUUCAAGAAGAUAUAAACCAUAUUAA